CCCUGUCUCCCAGUUUAUUGUUCGGCAAGAAACGUUUUUCCGUCGAGGAGAUCCAAAUCAAAUCCUUGCCCUCCGGUAGCAACAAAAAAAAGCGAUGCCGACUGACAUAGAAGAUGAGAUUAGGGACGAGAAGAAUCCUCCCCCUCUUGAUGAAGACGAUAUCGCUCUUCUCAAGACUUAUGGAUUGGGGCCAUAUUCCACAAGCAUCAAGAAAGCUGAAAAAGAUGUAAAGGAAAUGGCCAAAAGGAUCAACGAUUUAUGUGGCAUCAAAGAGUCUGACACUGGUUUGGCUGCACCUAGUCAAUGGGAUCUUGUUUCUGAUAAGCAAAUGAUGCAAGAGGAGCAACCUCUUCAGGUAGCAAGAUGCACAAAAAUAAUUAAUCCCAACACAGAAGACGCCAAAUAUGUAAUAAAUGUCAAGCAAAUUGCAAAGUUUGUUGUUGGAUUGGGAGACAAAGUUUCACCAACAGAUAUUGAAGAAGGAAUGCGUGUUGGUGUUGACCGCAACAAGUAUCAAAUUCAGAUCCCUUUACCCCCCAAGAUUGACCCAAGUGUAACCAUGAUGACAGUUGAAGAAAAACCAGAUGUCACAUAUAAUGAUGUUGGUGGAUGCAAGGAACAAAUUGAAAAGAUGAGAGAGGUGGUCGAGUUGCCAAUGCUCCACCCUGAGAAAUUUGUUAAAUUGGGAAUUGAUCCUCCGAAAGGCGUCCUAUGCUAUGGUCCACCUGGCACUGGUAAAACACUUUUAGCAAGAGCAGUUGCCAACAGAACUGAUGCAUGUUUUAUACGUGUCAUUGGAAGUGAACUUGUUCAGAAAUACGUUGGUGAGGGGGCCCGCAUGGUUCGCGAGCUAUUCCAGAUGGCACGUUCCAAAAAAGCUUGCAUAGUUUUCUUUGAUGAAGUUGAUGCAAUUGGUGGGGCCCGUUUUGAUGAUGGAGCUGGUGGUGAUAAUGAGGUUCAAAGAACCAUGCUUGAAAUUGUGAAUCAACUUGAUGGAUUUGAUGCUCGUGGGAAUAUUAAAGUUUUGAUGGCUACAAAUAGACCAGAUACAUUGGAUCCAGCACUGUUGAGACCUGGGAGACUGGAUAGGAAAGUGGAAUUUGGGCUUCCAGAUAUGGAAAGUAGGACACAGAUAUUUAAGAUUCAUACAAGAACAAUGAAUUGUGAGAGGGAUGUGAGAUUUGAACUUUUGGCGCGACUUUGCCCUAAUUCAACAGGGGCAGAUAUAAGAAGUGUGUGUACUGAGGCUGGAAUGUAUGCAAUUAGGGCAAGGAGGAAGACAGUGACUGAGAAGGAUUUUCUUGAUGCUGUUAACAAAGUCAUUAAAGGGUACCAGAAGUUUAGUGCUACUCCUAAGUAUAUGGUUUACAAUUGAUUUGUUAUGUGUUAUGUGAACUUUUUAAUGUUUCUUUAAAGUCUUGCUACACAUGGAUUCAGAUGUCAAAAAGAAUUCGUGUGUGGUGUUUUCUUUUGAGGAAAAUGGGACUGAAGUCUGGAAAAUGAAUGUUAUAUUUUGGUUAUCCUUGCAUUUAAACAAGAUUGUAUGCUUUGUUUUUA